CUUCCUCCCCCUGCUCCGUGCACCCCUCAGCCCCAACACUCCGCUCUUCCCCGUUGCUGAUUGUCACACAUUGUUUACUACGGUUUGAAAUGUGACUCAACAACACAGGCUAUCUGCUGGAGUACCGCUCUGACAACAGGGAUUCUUUUGACGCGCGCCGUGCGUCUUGGUUAUUUGGGGACAGGCUGUGGCGACUACCCUUCUGCCAUGACAGUGGAUUUGUUUGCGCUUUUAUGCGUGCUGGUCAUCACGUCCUCUGCGAUGGAAGAGACCGUGAUGGACACUCGAGUGGCCACAGCUGAACUGGGCUGGACAGCGUAUCCUAAUUCCGGGUGGGAGGAGGUGAGUGGCUACGAUGAAAACCUCAACACAAUCAGGACCUACCAGGUGUGUAACGUCUUUGAGCCCAGUCAAAACAACUGGCUCCUCACCACCUUCAUUGAUCGACGUGGCGCACAGCGCAUCUAUGUGGAGAUUCGAUUCACCGUGCGUGACUGCAGCUCCAUCCCCAACGUCCCUGGCUCAUGCAAGGAGACGUUUAAUCUCUAUUACUAUGAGACUGAUGCUGUCAUUGCCACCAAAGGCACCGCGUUCUGGAUGGAGGCCCCUUAUCUCAAGGUGGACACCAUUGCUGCAGAUGAAAGCUUCUCGCAGGUGGACUUUGGUGGACGCCUGAUGAAGGUCAACACGGAAGUGCGGAGUUUUGGCCCAUUGUCUAAAAAUGGCUUCUACCUGGCUUUUCAGGACUAUGGCGCAUGCAUGUCUCUGCUGUCAGUCAGAGUCUUUUAUAAAAAGUGCCCAAGUGUGGUCCAGAACUUUGCAAUCUUUCCAGAGACCAUGACAGGGGCUGAGAGCACGUCCCUUGUAAUCGCCAGAGGUAUCUGCAUUCCCAACUCAGAGGAAGUAGAUGUCCCCAUAAAGCUGUACUGCAAUGGAGACGGAGAGUGGAUGGUUCCUAUCGGUAGCUGCACAUGCAAGGCUGGGUUUGAACCUGACAAUGGCAACGUAUGUCGAGCAUGCCCGCCGGGAACCUUCAAGUCAACCCAGGGUCCAGGUCUGUGUCUACAGUGUCCUCCGAACAGCCGUUCCACAGCUGAGGCCGCCACCAUCUGCGUGUGCCGUAACGGUUAUUACCGUGGCGAUGCUGAUCAGCCGGAUGAGCCCUGCACAAGUGUCCCAUCCAGCCCAAGGAAUGUGAUCUCCAUUGUGAAUGAAACCUCUGUGAUCCUGGAGUGGCAUUCUCCCAGGGAGACGGGCGGCCGCGGUGACGUCGUCUACAACAUUGUGUGCAAGAAAUGCCGGGCCGACCGGCGCUCCUGCUCCCACUGCGACGAAAACGUGGACUUCGUCCCUCGGCAGCUGGGUCUGACUGACACCAGGGUGUUCAUCAGCAACCUAUGGGCUCACACCCUCUACAGCUUUGAGAUCCAGGCCGUCAAUGGAGUCAGCAAUAAGAGCCCGUAUCCUGCCCAGCAUGUCUCAAUAGACAUCACCACCAACCAGGCUGCUCCCUCCAUAGUUCCCAUCAUGCACCAGAUCAGCUCCACCAUGAAUAGCUUCACACUGUCAUGGCCACAACCAGAACAGCCCAAUGGCAUCAUCCUGGACUAUGAGCUGCGCUACUACGAGAAGGACCAUGCAGAGAUUAACUCCACCAUCUUGCGAAGCCAAACUAACACUGCGCGCGUGGAGGGCCUCAGACCGGGUACAGUCUAUGUGGUACAGGUGCGGGCCCGGACUGUGGCUGGCUUUGGCAAAGACAGCAGCAAGAUGUGCUUCCAAACCCUCACAGAUGAUGACUUCAAGUCUGAGCUGAGGGAACAGCUUCCUCUGAUUGCGGGGUCAGCGGCAGCAGGAGUGGUCUUCAUUGUUUCCCUUAUCGCUAUCUCCAUCGUGUGCAGCAGAAAAAGGGCAUACACCAAAGAAGCGGUGUACAGCGACAAGUUGCAACAUUACAGCACAGGAAGAGAACUCUCUUUGCGAGCCGACAUGUCUAACUGCCCCUCCCCACUGGGCUGCCCGACCCACUUCUCAGGCUCCCCGGGGAUGAAGAUCUACAUUGAUCCCUUUACCUACGAAGACCCCAACGAAGCUGUGCGGGAAUUCGCCAAGGAGAUUGAUGUCUCCACUGUCAAGAUCGAGGAGGUCAUCGGCGCAGGUGAAUUUGGGGAGGUGUACAAGGGCCGGUUAAAGUUGCCCGGUAAGAGGGAGAUCUAUGUUGCCAUCAAGACCCUGAAGGCUGGCUACGUGGAGAAGCAGAGGCGGGACUUCCUGUCUGAGGCGUCAAUCAUGGGCCAGUUCGACCACCCAAACAUAAUCCGUCUGGAGGGUGUCGUCACAAAAAGCCGUCCGGUCAUGAUCGUUACAGAGUUUAUGGAGAAUGGGGCCCUUGACUCCUUCCUCAGGCAAAAUGACGGUCAGUUCACAGUGAUCCAGUUAGUGGGGAUGAUGCGAGGGAUCUCAGCUGGGAUGAAAUAUCUCUCAGAAAUGAAUUACGUCCAUCGUGACCUGGCUGCACGAAACAUUCUGGUCAACAGCAACCUGGUGUGCAAAGUGUCCGACUUCGGCCUGUCACGCUACCUACAGGAUGACACUUCUGAUCCCAGCUACACCAGCUCUCUAGGUGGGAAGAUCCCAGUGAGGUGGACGGCACCAGAGGCCAUCGCUUACAGAAAGUUCACAUCGGCCAGUGACGUGUGGAGCUACGGCAUUGUCAUGUGGGAAGUGAUGUCAUUUGGAGAGAGACCUUAUUGGGACAUGUCCAACCAGGAUGUGAUCAACGCCAUUGAACAGGACUACCGUCUGCCGCCCCCUAUGGACUGCCCCAGUGCUCUGCACCAGCUGAUGCUGGACUGUUGGCAGAAGGACCGCAACGUACGACCCCGCUUCACCGACAUCGUCAGCACCCUGGACAAGAUGAUCCGUAACCCCACCAGCCUCAAAGCUAUAGCCAACAUCCCCGCAGUGCCUUCUCAGCCACUGUUGGACAGAUCCAUACCUGACUUCAACACUUUCAGCUCAGUAGAAGACUGGCUCGCUGCCAUCAAGAUGAGCCAGUACAGAGACAACUUCCUCAACUCAGGCUUCACCUCCCUGCAGCUGGUGGCUCAAAUGACCUCUGAGGACUUGCUGAGAAUAGGAGUGACCCUGGCAGGCCACCAGAAGAAGAUCCUUAGUAACAUCCAGUCCAUGAGGGUCCAGAUGAGCCAGUCACCCACGACUAUGGCAUGACUACAGGGGGCGCUGUGCCACGGAACGGGCAGCAUUCGCAGGACCGAUAACAAUGGCAGCCUUCGAAUGACCCCCGAUCCAUCGGAACGCGCCAGAGUCGAGACUAUCGUCUUAAUCUAAUCCACUACCAUGACAACAGGAGACCAGGGUCUACACUACUACAUGGUUAACACCAAUCACACUUCAUGCAAUCCACGCUGGGAGUUCAGGGUCCAGACUUGAUACUGUUACUCCAUUUUUCCACGAAAGGAAGACAGAUAUCAGUUGCUGUGGUUAAGGACUGCCAUUCCUGUCAUUGUGAACCAAAAUAACUCCAACAAUCCGACAUCGACACGGGGGAUCUCUCACAAUGUCAGACUGUACGGUUAAACAAGUGAUAUUGUUCUUCAUUAUCUGGACUAGAAGAUGUUAAAAUUGUAAACAAAAAUGUGAGACAUUUAGAAACCACGUGUGACCUGUGAUUUUACCGUCGUCAAUGUGUGCAAUGAAGAUGCCUUCACCUGGCCAGAAAUAAGACCCAGAAUGCAAAGCAAUUGCCAGUAGGAACAAUUAGAAGGAGAGGAAUACAGGGAUGUACAGUGGAGCACCAUUUUCAACUUUCACAUCAUCUUUUGUUCAUUUGAAGAAUUUACUAAAUGUAUCGUAAAGGACUGGUGAAAAUUCAGAGCCAGUUAUAUUUUUGUCUUUUAUCAUCUCUUUGUUUUCUUUGUUUUUAUCACUAUAGCAAGAUGCCGCCCACUUGUAUUUUAACUUUAACACUACCUGUGGAGUCCGAAGUGGAAGACCUUGCCAAAGGACUUCUUAAACAGCCCCACCCAGAUUCAGAGAAUAUAAAUAUGUGUAUCUCUUGCUAAAUAUGAUUAUACCUUUCAUAAUAAACCUUCAUAUUGAAGGUGAUAUGUAUGAAUAUGUAUGUACAGAACCCUCUGCUUGCAUUUUUGGCAAAGACAUGUUUAUUGACUAGAUUGUGAUAGACACAUGCAAUGUGUAGAUUCCAUAAGGAGCCCUGGUUCUCUUCAGUCGACUGAACAACAGACACUGGGAUGUGCGUCUCCCUAUUCUAGGGGCACAGGGACAAUCCUGACAGAACCUUGACCUGAGGACAACAUUAAAAGGAAUGGUGGGCGAAGGAUUGGUAUUGUAGAUCUAUAUGAAAAUUGCUGUAGGAGUUAAAAUAAUCGACAAAAUAUCCAUUUAUUGGAGAUCAUGUUUAAUGUGGGUGUACACAUGCUGUCUCUUGCUGGUGAGCACUUACUUGUACAGAUAUGUUUUAUGUUUUUACAUUUCUUUUUGUCUGUUGUUGUUGUUGUUUGUGUUGGGAGGGCUCAGAACCAUCCAGAGGGGAAGGAAACUCCACGCCUCAGCCGGCCCAAAUCCAUAGUAAAUACCUACGGAUCACAUAGAGAAAAAAAAAUUCUCACUAUUAAAAUUGCUCUGCAUCUGGUAGAUUUUAUUUCAGCCAAAUCCUGUUAGUCUUUCUCUGCAAAUAUGUUGGGCAAGGCUAGAGUUGCUGCAAGUUUAAAGUUUAAAUAAGUUUAACUUAAAAGUGCAUAGCCAAUCAAGGCUUUGGAAAUUGUAGUGAAUCAGCAUCACUUCUCUACACAGUAGAAAUAAGCAUCUUGGCUGAUGCCUUCCCGAUAAACACACGGGCUUAAAAAGCCCACACAGGUUACACUGCUCACAGGGUAGCACAGCCUUCCAUAGACUGCUGUAGCUAAGCUGAUGAGUAAAUCUCUUCUCCCUCACUAUAUGCUGCUGCCAUAUGGGUAGGCACGUUAACUGCAAAUGCUGCCGUGCCAGAGAGAGUUUCACGCAUAUAUGAAUCUAUCCAUAACUCUUAUUUGCAGGAAUCGGUGUUUAGAAAUACACUCUUUGGAAGUAUUUGAUUGCAAGAUGUCUACAUUGCUCCCAAAGGAUGCCAUGGAUGAUGGGAAUGGUCUUUUAUGAUUGCAGCAUGAUUGGUCAGGUGGUUUUAAUACUUUUCUUUUUCUAGCUGUUUGCUUACUUCAGUCUCAGGCUUUGGGAAAGCUAUGAGGAAUUGUCACAUUUUAUGAAUCCAGUUUUGUCAAGUGUUGAUGAAAUAGUAACAACACUGGCCUUAAAAGUAAAACUAACCUGAAUGUUCCUGUGGUAGUAAUCCACUGGCAUGCAGCCACAGUCUCCUAGCUUUCAGACAAUUAUCAUGAGCUAUUGUAGUAUCAGUUCUGUGCAGUAGCUGUGACCCUGCUGAUUUUUUGCCCUAUUUGAAGAGAUAUGGUUCUAACCACCUUGCAUCCAAAAUUAGAAAUUGAUGGCAGGCCCAUUAGCAGAUUAUUAAGUAUACUUACCCCCCUUAAGUCAUCAUCCUCCUCCUCUUGCACUGUCUGUCCUGGCUUCUCUCCCUAUCUACUCCCGCUAGUUGGCACAUGUCCAGCUUGUUCAUCCUUGGUGUAAUCAAGCUGUCCUGGGCAGGACUGGGCUGGGCUGGGUCGGGCCUGGGCAGCCCCGGCCUGAGAAAUGGUUGGAUUCAUGCUCCAGUGGGCCCAAGCAGGGAUGAAGUCACCUGCUGGGACCUCCUUCUGUAGGGGUCUGGAGGGUGACUGAUGGGACUGUCAAAUAAAAAAUACACACACACAUGCACACAUAGAGGAACCCUCAAUAUUGUUAUGCCCAUGUCUGAUUUCCAGCCUGAUGCUUAAUGAAGAGAAAGUGGGCAGAGACCUGACAGUGUGUGCAUAUGUGAUAGAAAGAGGGGGGGAAUCAGUUCACAGGAGGGCGGGGCUGCAGGACCUUAAGAAAGGAUGCUAGAUGAAAAUCAGAAGGUUUGCUCAUUGAAGUGAAUCAGUCCCUUUUAUUGCACAGUGUAGUUUAAUGGUAAUAUCGUUGGUUUAGUUUGAUAAUAGAAAUUACUUUUACAAGCAACUGGUUUGCCUCAUGGGCAAAUCAGUUGCUUUCUCUUUCUAACUCUCCAAGUCAUUGAUUUACCAAAUAUUCCUAAUUAUAAUCACAUGCUUCUUGAGAUUGGCAUAAAUCGCCCUUACGUUGAAGCCAAUAAUUCAAGUUGAAUGCAUUAGUACUCUAUUCAGCUCAGUCUCAUGUAUUUGCUUUUCAACCAAACAGCCUGUGAAUGAGAUGAUUUAAUGUAUUCAUUAUGCAACAUUAUGCAACAGUGUAAUUCUCCAUUUGCUCUGUCUUUCUAAAUAUCCGACUGUAAUGACACUCCUAGCGUGAUGAAUGGAGAGACGGGUCGCUGUGUCCCUCUCUAAACGUUGUUUCAUAUGGAAGCCAUUCAACACACACUGAUACAAAACCCAAGAACAGAGCUUGUUAAAUGUUUCAUGGUGCUGUAACUGUUAGAGAAGUGACCAACGACCAGUGACUUUGAGUCGUUCUUCUAGUAGCUGAUUUCAUGCUCGUCAUUUAUAGGUCGGAACAGAGGCACCUGAAAAUGACCUGACACGACAAAGUUAAACGUAAUAAAAUCCUCCAUUCAUGUUUCUUCUGUUUCAGACUGUGGACUCAAAGAUUUACACACAUAUAAAACAAAACACACCCUUCAUGUCCACACUUUUAACUGCACACACACCAUAGACAGUUGGAUUAGCUGUAGGCAGGAAGAACAAGGGAAAUGGGACCCUUUCCAGGAUACCAGUCACAACCUCCCCCUCUGGUACACAAUGGAUGGUGGAGCUAAAUAGGAGGGGGCAGAUGUCAUUGUUUAUUUGUGUGUGAGAGAGAGUGAAUGUAUGUCAGUGUGUGUGCAUAGAGGACACAUUUGUGUGUACAUUGUUUAAGAACCAUUUCCUUUUUCUUUUGGUUGAUGUAUAGCUACCACUUGUAAAUUGUGACAAGUACGUGUCAAGAGUUUGUAAACUGUAACUUUCUGAGAACUAUUGUACUAAAAUGCACUCAAUAAACGCCUUGGAAAACAAGUCAA